AACUGGCAGCACAAUUUUUUGUUUUAUUUAUAAAAAUGCGGUGCUCUGUUCCGGAUUGCAGUUACAGUUCUUCGUGCUCCACGGUGGACGUCUGCUCUUUUGUUCGAUUUCCUGAAAAUGAAAUUCUCCGCGAUCGGUGGCUUCAAGCGAUCCAGUUGGGAUCCGGUGUGAUGAUGGAUAUGCAAGCUGCGUCAACAUUCUCAAGCGCGCCGGCCAGCAUUUGCAGUUGGCAUUUCCAGGACCAAAGCCUGAGUACUUAUCAGGAACCGAGUCAGUUCCUUGAUCAAAAUGGAAAAUUCGCAGAAGUUGGCAGCUGUAGAAUUUGUUUGAAGUUCUACCACAGCCACGAAAUGAUGUCCACGGAUAAAAAACUGCAAAGAAAGACGAUUUCGGCUCUUGUUCAGAAAAUCCUAGGAACUUCAAUAAUGAAGGCUGAUUUUUUGCACAAAAUCUGCGAGGAAUGCCUGGUGAAGCUUGAUCUUUGCUUUAGAUGGAUAAAGGACGCAAAGAUUGCUGAAGUACUUUAUCAACAGCUGGCAACGGUUGUGCAAUCCGAAAACUUUUACAUUCAGGGAAACGCCGAUGACGAUAAAAGCGUUUCAUACAAAUUCGAUUUCUGUGCCCAGGAAUUACUUGAAACCGUCAGUCAAGAUGAAAACUGCGUCACUUUCGAGAUUGAUCUGGAACCUAAGAUUGAGGAUGAGGAACAAACUGUGACGAGUAACAAGAGUAUGGAAUUCGUAGCAAUCGAGAAAAAUAGUUCAGAAGAUCACUUCCUCCAGGAACAACCGGUCAAACGAAAACCAGGUCGACCUCGCAAAAAUCCAAUAAUUGAACCAGAAUGUAAUGAAAUAAAGACUGAAACAGAUAAGCCAGCGGAAAAAGGUCCGCCGAAACGCAGAGGACCUCAACCAAAACCGAAGAAACCAAAACAAGACUACAAAUACAUAUUGGCUCGCAAAUGCUACAUAUGCAACACGUUGCUCGGUACGCACGCUGAACUAAUCGGGCAUCUUACGACGAAUCACGCAGCCAAAAUCGAUUAUACAUGUGCGGAGUGCAACAACAAGACAUUCAUCAAGGUUACCGGAUAUAAUCACCACCUGAGCUUUCACGAUUUGGAAUUCCGACCGGAGAAGUGUGGCCAUUGCAAAAUCGGAUUCUCCACAGUCCAAGCCUUGAAAGUCCAUCAGAAUCGUGACCACGGAACAAAGCACGUGAUUUUGAAGGUCAAUCGACGUAGCCAGAAGGGAAAGGCCUACCAGUGUGAUUCGUGCGGAAAAACAUUCCGUGGUGCGUAUCAGCUGAGGGAACAUGACGACUACUAUCACAAAAAAAUCUAUAACUCGACCUGUACAGUUUGCAACAAAGCGUUCCCCUCGAAGACGUUGCUUCAGAAGCAUUACAUUGUACAUUCCGGCGAAAAACCGUACAAGUGUGACUGGUGUGGAGAAACGUACAAGAAUUCCUCCUGCUUGAGCUCGCAUGUGCUUAAGCACCAAAAAGCACAAACUUAAAUCCAUUGAACUUUUAAUCAAUGUUUCGUCAACAACUAGUCUCAAUAAAAAUAAUUGCUGAAGCAUGCA